AUGGCACCUUCAUCCAGAACCAAUGGCAACACCACCACCAAACCAAAAAAGCAAUUGAAGCUCUUUGCUUUUGAAAUGGGUUGUUCUGGUCUUCAAGCUCCCGGGCUCUGGAAGCAUCCAAAGGACCAAUCACGCAACUUCAACACCAUUGAAUAUUGGACAUCAUUAUCUCGAUUACUUGAACGUGGUAAAUUCAAUGGAUUAUUCAUUGCUGAUGUAUUAGGGCCAUAUGACGUAUACAAUGGUCCCAAAAAUUUCACGGCUGCUGCUACUUCAGGGGCUCAAUUCCCCACUAUUGAACCACUGGCUGUAAUCAGUGCUUGUGCUGCAGUUACUACUGAAUUGGCAUUUGGCAUUACAUUUUCCACCAUUAGUGAAUCCCCCUACCAUUUUGCUAGAAGAUUAGCCACAUUGGAUUGGUUGACCAAAGGUAGAGUUGGAUGGAAUGUUGUUAGUUCGUAUUUGGACUCUGCUGCUAGGAACUUGUUGAAUGGGGAGGAUUUACCACCACACGCUGAAAGAUACCAACGAGCUGAAGAGUAUAUUGAAGUCAUUUACAAGUUGUUUUUAAGUUCGUGGGCUGAUGAUGCGGUUGAAUUACGUGAUGGUGUCUUUUCCAAUCCCGACAAGAUUAGACAAAUCAAUCACAAGGGUAAAUGGUUUGAAGUUCCUGGUCCAUUUAUUGCUGAACCUAAUCCGUAUCAAAGAUUACCGGUGAUUAUCCAAGCCGGUACAUCAAGCGCUGGUAAAAACUUUGCCGCGCAACAUGCUGAAGUUGUAUUUGUCACUCAAUUUGCACCUGAAGCAUUGGCAAAACUGAUAAAAGAGAUUAAACAACUUGCAUUGGAGAAGUUUGGUCGUCCCGAAGGAUCAAUCAAGUUUUUACAAUUGAUUACUCCCAUAAUUGGUAAUACACAAGAAGAAGCUGAGGCCAAGUAUAAGGAAUAUCAAAGCUAUGGUGAUAUUGAAGGCGCACAAGCGUUGUUUUCGGGAUGGACUGGUAUUGAUAUCAGUCAAUACCAAUAUGGUGAAGAUAUAACUGCAGUUGGAACCAAUGCCGUUAAAUCAUUUCUUGAAUUGUGGAAUAAAAAGGCUCCUGGUGAGCCAGAACAUGUUCAAAAGACUAGGGAACACGUUGCCAAGCAAAUUACCGUUGGUGGAUUGGGUCCUGUGCUUUAUGGUACUGCUGAACAAGUGGCUGAUGAAAUCGAACGAUGGGUUCAAGUGUCUGAUGUUGAUGGAUUCAACAUUACAUAUGCUGUACAACCAACUACAUUUGAGGAAGUUGUUGAGUUUUUGAUUCCUGAACUACAAAGAAGGGGAUUAGUUUGGGAUGAUUAUCCAAAUUUAGGACGGCCAUUGACUUUUAGAGAACAAUUGUUUGGUGUUGAUCGUAAAGAUUCGAGCUUUUUGUUGGAUACCCACCCAGCUCAUAAGUUGAGAUGGAAAGCCGGUGAAACGAAGGAGGAGUUUGAAGCGAGAUUAAAUAAGAAGAGGGGAAGUGAGGAGGUGUGA